AUGAAAUAUGAAAGAUUUGCAGAAUCCUUUGUUAACUUUAUUAGAAGAUUCCUAUUUCAUUCAGCUUUUGUACUUGUUAUUCCCUUGCUUUUCAUUAAUGCAGUCGAAUUGCAACAUCAUAAAUACUUAAAAGAUCAUAAUUACUCCAAAAUUAUUAGACAAAUUGAUCAAUUACCUAAUGAAUAAAGAGAAUCCAUAACUGCAUAUCUUAACAAUGAAUUCUCAAUCCAAUAUAAAAUUUUGUUUUUGAUUCCAUUACUAUUCAUUAUCAAAGAAUUCUAAGAAAUAUACGAUAAAGAAUUUGAUGACACAUAAAAAACCUAACUUGCUACAAGUAAUAAUGUUCCUCCUCCUCCAAUUUUACAACCUAAAGUCAUCUCAGAAUAUGUUCCUGAAAAAAGUGAGGAGGUCUUGCGUAUUGAAAGUUAUUAUAGAAACUAAAAUCAGUAUGAUUAAAUUAAAAAUAGCGAAGAAGUUAAGAAUAGUAAUAGCAAUAUUAAACUCAACUAAUCAGAUUUGCUUAAUAAAUUAUAAUUUGUAAUUCAUUCUGUUAUUUUAGACUAUAGAUAUCAGAGUAUAGCAACAAAUAAUUAGCCAGAGCCAGGCAUUUAGGUGGAGAUCCUGAUUAGAAUAAUGAUUCUGCUUAAUUUAAACCCGCCAGAACUCAAACCUUUAAAGACUUUUCAUUUACACAGCAUACACAAAAUACUCAAAAUAAAGUUGAUAAUCAAAUCAGUGGUAAAAUAUAUCUAGUCUUGA